AUGAUAAUUUCGCUACUUUUUAGUGCCGCCGCGGUGGCCGCUGUGCCGUCCAGUUCCGCGGUUAGUGUGAGCAAGACGGUGCCAAAGGACGCGGCUGCAGGAGUCCUGGCUCCAUUUGUCUCAUUUUCGAUCGAAUUUUCAUCCUUUCCAGACUUUGCAGGAAACAAAUCCAAGCCAAAUAAGUUCUCCAACCAGCUGCUGGACAACCUGGCUGAGCUACAAGGCGUGAAGCCAUACAUCCGAGUUGGCGGAAAUACUCAGGACUUUGCUUUAUACGAUCCAAACCUCAAGACUCAAAUCAAUGGCACCGUGGUCCCAUCCGUGUCUAGUGACUAUCCAUACAUUAUUUCAAUCGGCCCUUCCUAUUUCGAGGCGUACAACACCUGGCCAGGCGUUAAAUUCAGCCACGGAUUCAACCUUGGAAAGAACACGACCGAGGCCAUGGAUACUCUAGUUUCAACUGUUCCACUGGCAUGCAAGGCCCUUAGCAAUGACCAAUUUGCCCACUGGGAACUGGGCAAUGAACCCGAUUUGUUCUCCGGAGCAGUUCGUCCGACGAAUUGGACAGCGAGUGACUACGUCGGUGAAUGGUUGUCCAAGACGCGCAUUAUUCAGCGCCACUUGUCCAAAGCCUGCCCUAGUAUGUUGACUCAUGGAGAGUACAAGUAUAUUGCUCCAUCAUUCGCGGGUACAGCGAAUCGUUUAGAUCCUGUAAAGACCUGGGAGGCUGGUCUGGAUUCUGACCAUGAUAUUGGGAUGAAUUCGAUGCACAACUACAUGGGAGGCGCAGACUCUCCAGGUGUCACUCUUGCUCACACACUGAUGAACCAUACCGCGGUUAUCAACAGCGUUGGAAAUCAUGUCGCUGUGAUGAAUAACCUGGAGGAAAACAACUUGGCCAAAGGAGUUCCUUAUAUCCUGGGUGAAAUGAAUUCCCUCUACCACCAGGGCAAGCCGGGUCUAUCGAACUCGUUUGGUGCCGCCCUUUGGGGCGUCGACUUUAACCUCUAUUGUGCAUCCCAGAACAUUCGUCGCACUCACAUGCAUCAGGGUACAGACUAUCGAUAUGCAUCUUGGCAACCUAUUGAAACCAACAAGACAGCAAUGGGUACCAAGGCACCAUACUACGGCAAUGCCAUGGUCGCAGCUAUGCUGCACGGCAAACAAAACAAGCAGGACUCGAACGUUCAGGUGAUCAACCUCCCAAUGGCUCAUGAAACGGAAGCUGCCUACGCAGCGUAUAUUGAUGGCAAACUUGCCCGUAUCGCGGUGAUCAACAUGCAGGAGUACAACUACACGGGUGUAGAUUCCGCCUCGGCCUCGCGACCAUCCGCCACCUACCAGUUCCAUUUGUCUGGAACGUCGAGCAAGUCCCUAUCAGUGCAGCGACUGUCGGCAAAUGGAACCGAUUCUAUCACGGGUAUUACCUGGGAUGGUUGGUCAUAUAACUACGAAUUGAAGGGUGGUAGCCCCGUUCGGUUGUUGAAUGUCACCAUUGGCCAGACUGUGCAGGUGGAUUCCAAGGGGUUGGUGGAAGUGGAGUUGCCGUUCUCGAGUGGUGCUAUUUUAAACCUCUAG